AUGGACGAAGCAUGUACGGAGUGCGUGGAUUCGAGUCUGACGGUUAGCGCAGGUGAUAUGGUCAAUCUGCGAGCGUGCUUUAGUGUUGCUGUGCCGGCGCAGCAGAGCACAGCACAGCACAGCACAUCAGGACCCGCUGGUUUGGAUGUUGGGUCUGGAGAUGCUGGAGACUGUCUGGCCAUAGGCUUUCUUUUCCCUGUCCAAUAA